GCAGAGUGGAGGGAGAGAAAGGGGAGGGGCGCUGCCCGCGUGCCGAGAGGAUAUAAGAGCCCCGGAGUCCAGCGCGCGCGCCGCAGACGUUGCUCGGGAGUUCCAAGCGCGUGGGGGCUUUUCUCUUCCCUUCUGCGCCUGCGCACUCCCUCGUUCUCGUGCCACAGCCGUUGCUGCUGCCGUUAUUAUCGCUGCCGCUCCUUCUUCCUCCUCCGCUCGCUAUGAAGACCAAGUUCGUCAACGGCGGCGAGGCCGACCCUUCCCCUCUGGGGCUGCUGUUGGGCUGCGCCCCGGGCCCGGUCUUGCCCGCCCUCCCUCAGUCGCCCUCGCCGCCUUCUCUGCAGCCCCCGCCGCCCGCCGAGGCCGAAGCCAAGGAACCGGUGGUGGCCCUGCGGGGACAGCUGGCCCUGGCCCCGCCUCCUCCCCCGUCGUCGCCGCCGACCCCUCCGCCUUCCCCGCCGGCAGAGGAGCAGCCCGACCCCCGCACCCGCCGCAAGGCCUACCUCUGGUGCAAGGAGUUCCUGCGGGGGGCCUGGAGGGGGGUCAGGGAGGAGCAGCUCCGCAUCACCCCCAUCAGGGGAGGCCUCAGCAACAUGCUGUUCCAGUGCUCAUUACCUGAUACCAUAGAGACUGUUGCAGAUGAACCACGCACAGUUCUUCUUCGUUUAUAUGGUGCAAUUCUACAAAUGAGGUCCUGUAACAAAGGAGGAUCUGGACAGGCCCAAAAGGAAAAUGAUUUACAAGGGGCAGAAGCUGUUGUUCUGGAGAGUGUUAUGUUUGCCAUUCUUGCAGAGAGAGCACUUGGACCAAAGCUCUAUGGAAUCUUUCCCCAAGGCCGUCUGGAGGAAUUCAUUCCUAGUAGAAAACUAGAUACUGAAGAACUGAGCCUGCCUGAUAUAUCAGCAGAAAUAGCUGAGAAAAUGGCAAGAUUUCAUGGUAUGAAAAUGCCAUUUAAUAAAGAACCCAAGUGGCUCUUUGGAACCAUGGAGAAGUACUUAAAUCAAGUGAUGAGAAUUAAGUUUACCAGGGAAUCCCGUGUUAGAAAACUGAACAAGAUUCUCAGUUACAACCUGACUCAAGAACUGAAAACACUACGGUCGUUAUUGGAAGCUACUGCAUCUCCAGUUGUGUUUUGCCAUAAUGACUGCCAAGAAGGAAAUAUUUUGCUUCUUGAAGGCAGAGAAGAUUCAGAGAAGCAAAAGCUAAUGCUUAUUGAUUUUGAAUACAGCAGCUACAAUUACAGAGGGUUUGAUAUUGGAAAUCACUUCUGUGAAUGGAUGUAUGACUAUGUGUAUGAAAAAUACCCAUUUUUCAAAGCAAACUCCUUGAAGUAUCCCUCAAGAAAGCAACAGCUCCAUUUCAUUUCCAGUUACCUAGCUGCAUCUCAAAAUGGGUUUGAAAACCUGAGCAGUGAAGACAAGUCCAAAAUAGAAGAAGAAAUGCUAAUUGAAGUAAAUAGGUUUGCCCUUGCAUCACAUUUCUUCUGGGGUCUGUGGUCCAUUAUACAAGCCAAGUUAUCAUCAAUUGAGUUUGGAUACAUGGACUAUGCACUUGCACGAUUUGAUGCCUACUUUGACCAGAAGAAGAAACUCAAAGUGUGAAGGCUGAAGACUGGACAAUCAGUUUCUGUACUGUAUAAGGAAGGCAGCUGGGCAGAAAUUCCACUGUGCUUAGGCUACUGUAGUUGUAAUGAAGGUUUUGCAAAUUCCAACUACUCGGAUGCAAUGCUGAAGACUGCACAAAUUGACUUAAGUUUACUUUUUUUACAGUUUCAUAAGUCUUUGGAAUGAGAAUUGACAGCUGGAGUAUAAUAUAACAGUGCAAUAUCAAUUUUUUUAAUCUAGAAGGUAUUAUGAGGGAAGCUUUGAGUUUCAAUGUGAACCAUCCCAUAUUUCAAGAGCAAGCAGUGUUAACUAUGGGUACCUGUUCUUAACUAAGCUAUUUUACUGAGUUCUCUUAGUGCAUCAUAACAUGCUGCCAGUUAAUGAGGAAUCCUUGUUCUUGUAAGGGAAAAUUGUGAUACUGUGAAUCUGCUAAAAUCUGUUGGAGUGGUAGUUGUUUUCAUGAGGCAUGUCAAGCUGUUCCUCCAGAGAAUAACUGGUAAGCUAACACUAAUAUAUAGGCCACAAACAAAAACAGUGUUCAUGCUGUCUGGCAUCUCUCUCCAAACAGACUAAGGUUGCUUUCAUAUUCUAAUACAGUACUUCAUUAGAGCAAGGUAAUACAGAUAGAUCUCAAACUGGAAUACAUAAGAUUUCCCAUUCCCUAUUAACUCACUCCACAUCUUUCGCCAAGGAUGCACACUGACUGCCCAGAAACAGUCCUGGAGUACUGCAUUGUUCUUUUCCAGGAAGUUCUCUGGACUGGCAGCACUGGGAUGAGUGCCUUGAAUUCCUAUAGCUGUCCCUCUUGGUGGAAGGAAGAAGGGGACAAAGGAAAUGGGGAACAAGUGAAGAAUGUUUGACCAAUUGUGGCAUGCUGGUGCCUUGAAAGGGGCACACUGCUCCUUAUUAAAAGCCUGUUGCUUUUCCCACCAAAUAAGUGGAUGUUUCUUGUGCAGAAAAUACAUUGAAGUAUGUAUAUGUGAACUCUACAAUAAGUGUAUGUUACCUUGAGAGCUUUUAGAAAACAUAUCUUUAACCAUCCUUAUUUGACUUGUGCUUUCUGCUUAACAUGUAAUGUACAAAUAAACUUUUUUUAAAGUAUUUA